AUGGUUGUUCGAUACGAAGCAGAGGAUCUGCUGUACUUGCGGGAGUCACCGUUAUGUAUCAAACCUUCGAGCCUCCCUCCAGCUGAAGAGUGGAUGGGAAUCUCCAAUACUGACCAGCUCAACCGUUUAGACCCUGAGGACCUUGUCUUCGCACCCCCUCGAACAGCUUUUGCCUCUGCGCGAGGUAAAUCAGCCCUUGAGCCUGACAAAAUUACUAAAGAGUCCGAGGCUCCUAGCCGUUUCGGCAACUUCCGAAGUCGCAAUGGAGACCUAGACGUCGAUCGAUUCCGCGAUGGCCGCAACAAUAACGGUCUCCGCCGUCGUGAUGGCGAGAGCGAAACAGAGGGCUGGAGCACUGUGAAGCCUCGCAAGAGUUUUGGACAUGAAGGUGCCGAGCGUUUCCACGGACGCAUGGGAGGUAACUUCCGAGACGAGAAGCGUCAGUCCAAAGAUCGUGAUGACCGCGACGUUGUUCGAGAUCGCCCUGCACGGACUUUCGACGGCUUUACCAGAGAUGCAGAGGACAGUGAGGGGCGGCCACGAAACGGAAUCAACAGAAACAAAGUCGAGCCCUGGUACAAGAACGAGUCCAAUGUCGCUACCACACCUGCUACUGAAGCGACGACUACCACUCCUGAUAAGCGCGAACGUAUUGACCGCGCUAAGAGCUGGAGAGAUCGCGAAGUUCUUGCCGAUGCUACUGAUGAUCGCCUCAACAACAGCAACAAUAACCGCACGAAUGAUAGACGCUGGGGGCGGGAUCGUGACCAGCGAGUCGAGCGUGAGCCUGAAUGGCUAGACGAACCCCUUGAGGAACUUCCUGAAGCCCACACUCAACAGGAUUUCCAGAAGUGGAUGGAGGAGAUGAAGAAGCAGAAAGCUGGAAUCUCCACUAAGCCUGUAAACGCCGAAGCGGCAGAGGCAAUGAUUGAAAUGGAAAAACCCCCUGUUCAAUCUGCCCCCGCUGUGCCAUCUGCACCAGACAAGUUCUUUGAAGCUUUUGGAACAACUGCUGGUCUCGAAACUCCACGUGCCGAAGAGAAUAAGAACCCUGUCGCGAAACCCAAAGCAACUGGCAAGUCAUCAAGGUUUACGUCCUUUUUCGCGCAGCCCCAGGAAGAAGUUCGAGGACGAACAGAGCCCCCAACUCCUAUGACUGGACCUCCUGUUCACAGUGGCAUGCCCCUGCCUAUGCCUUUCCCCGGCGGUCCUGCUCCUUCUGGUGGACCCGACGACGAGCGACAAGCUUUCCAGCAGUUACUUGCGAAGCUGCAGAAGCAGACCAUGAGUGCUACACCCCCAGGCCCUUCGCCCUUUUCAGUCCCUCAGGGAACGCCGCCAAAUGCCGGUAGACCUAACGUAAUUACUUCACCUGAUUCGCCUUUCCAGCAGUAUGGACCUGAUCGACGUAUGGAAGGUCCUCUUGGCCGACCUCCGCCACACCAUGUUCAAGAAAUCCUUGCUCCUCGACCCCAGCAACAAGCUGCUCGUCCUGAACAGCUUCUUCAGGAUCUCGUUGGCCAGCGCCAGCAUGCCCCCAGCCAAGGCUCUGGCCGUCCCGAUACUGCUCGUAACAACAGCAACACUGAGUUCUUGAUGAACCUGAUGAGAGCACCUCAGGAGGGCCAACGAAACGACUUGUUGAUGCGCAUGGUUCCGCAGCACCAAAAGCCAGGACAAAUGCCUCAGGAGCCUGAUUUCCCUAGGGACGACCGUGGCCCCCAACGUCAAAUGAGACCCCAACCACCACCUGGCUUUCCGAUGGAGGAUCGAUUCCACAACCCUUCUGACGUUGAUGCACGACCGAAUCAGCCUACGCAAAUUUUGCAGCGUCCACCACCCCGUCCUGGCCUGGACCACCAGAUGCCACCCAGCUGGAUGCCUGGUGGCCAGAUGCCUCCCCCUCAGCAACGAGGACUUAUGAUCCCUCCUCCAGGACUUCCUGGCGGUCCUGUAGGCCCUGUCGGUCCUGGACCAAACCGUAACAUGCCCAUGCCUCACAUGUUCCCUCCCAACUUCCCACCCGGCGUGAUGCCUCCUCCCGAGGCUCUAGGUGGCCCUCCACCUCGCAACAUGCCUCCUCCCCCUCCCGGCUUCUUUGGCGGCCCACCUCACGGAUUCAUCCCUCCUGGCCUUGCAGGCUUCAAUGGACCCCCUGGACCGGAUUUCCCCGGUAGUCCGUUUGAAGGACGUGGCAUGCCUCCUGCUGGCAACCCUGGCCGUGGCGCGGCCUUUGGCAGACCUUGA